GUCAUGGCAAUCGAAUAUUUUUUGAGAUUCUCAAGUCCAGCUAGACAAAAACUCCCGAAGUGUGGUCUAAUAUGCGUUUCACAUAUUUAUGUGAUCCAAUAAAUAAUGUACCUUAGAUUUUUUAUUUGAACACCAUAUGGUGGCGAUUAAGGAUGACACAAAAAGACAGGUUUCAUGUGCUUUUAUCAGAUUGCUUCAGGAUAAAGACUUGGCCAUUAAGCUAGCAGCCUGUAGCUUCUUGCGAUGUAUGAAGUGUGGGAGUUUGACUCAAAGGAGCACUUCCUCCCAGAGAAAUCAUAUAAUUGGACCCGAAUAUCCACACUGGGGACAUCAUAUAAAAGUUGGCGAAAUCAUAAUUGGCCUGAUUGAGGGAGAGAAGUCGGGAGCUGAGAAGUCGAUGCAUACGAGCAGAUGUGCCAGUUCCAAUCAGGAGACACAAACAACCCACACCAAAGGCGAUGAAGUUGUGUUGCACAAAAAAAAUCCAUGGACAGGAUGCAGUCGCCGGAAACAAUGCAGAAUGAAAUACUCGGGUGCUACCGGCUGUCAGAGAAGAUCGCUUCUAAACUAG